AAUACGAUUCAAAUACAAUACAGCAGUCGCACCGAACGGACGUACAGCGCACGCUACAAAAGUUUCUAAUCGAGCAAAAAGAAUAAUACAAACAGAAGAGAGACCGAAAGUCGAGUUGAGUUGCAUGUGAAAUGCAUUUUUGAAUCGCAGCAAACAGUUCAGUGAACGUAAGCAAACGGUAAAGAACAACUGUGCGCACACAAAUAGAAACGUCUAGAAAACAGAAGAAGCGAAAGCGAAUUGUUUUGAUUGGCAAUCCGAUUUUUGUUGCAAUUUUUUUUUGGGUUCACGAUUUGUGGCUGUGUACGUACAUAUAUAUAUAUAUAUAUAUAUAUAUUUGAUUGUGCUUGAAAAACGUAAACAACAAGAACAACGAAAUGGCUUUCAUGAUGCCGGUUAUGAAGAACAACUAUGAUAUCUAUAAGGACACGCGCUCCCGUAGCCGCAAAACGUCCGAGUGCUCCAAUGUGAGCAGCGGCAACGGGACCACAGCGCUGGCCAGCGCUUUGGGCACACCGGGUCAGCAGGCGCCGCAGCAACAGCAGCAGCAGCAACGUCGACGCAAGGUGUCCGAAUGCAAGUCGGAGAGUUUUGCGACGUCGCCGUCGCACGGCCAAUUGGGCGCCCAUCGCAUGCAGAUGCAGCGCUGUCACAGCUCUCGCGGCUUCACGCGCAACACUUCCCGCAGCUCCCACGGCGGCUCCAUGGUGCAAAUGUCGCAGGGCAUUAUGAUGUCGCCGACGCGUUCGAGUCCGCCCAGCCGCACGCAGACCGCCUCGGCGCUGGAGCGUCAAGCGGCUGCACAGGCCGCCGCGCAGUCGGCAGCGACAGCGGCAGCAGCGCAGGCCGCAACGGCAGCGGCCGCAGUGCAGCAGCAUCGGACGGAGCAGAGCAACAACGAUUAUACUAAAUUCCAUUUGCGUUUGGUUGACAAGCUGCGCAAGUCCUUUCGCAAGGACAGCGGCAAGCGGUCAUGAGAACGCGUCUCACACACAAACAGCAGCAGCAGCAACAACAACCAAAACAGCAACAACAACAACAACAACAACCACAAUGGCAGCGGCAGCAGCGUCGGCGGCAAUAACAACAACAAUAGCUCGCAGCUUGACAGCGACGCUGGCAGCACAACGCAGCGUUCCGGUUUCGUCAGCCGUUUGGGCCGACGAUUUAGGCGCUGCUGCCAAGCAUUUGGCACAGGCGCAGCCGCUGUCACUGCUGGUGGCGGCGCCGGCGGAGGCGGCGACGUCGGCGCAGGCGCAGCUGCCCUUGAGCUGGACUUUGAUGAUGUCGAUGCACAGGACGGCAGCGGCGGCAGCGCUGAGCAUCUAACCGCCAGCAGUCCGUAUACAAUACGUCGCAGUCGUCGUCGCUGCAGCAGCGGCGGCAGCGGCAGCAUUAAUCGCCUAAAGCUGCGACUGCGCCGCUCCACCUCGUCGCCGGGCUAAGCGCGCAGCGUUCUGCAUACGGGCAAUGGAAACGAUCAAAUUCGAAAACGAUAUUCGAAUGCUGGAAAUGCUAGGAAUGCUUGGAAUGCAGUUGCGGCGGCGACCGCACUGGCGUGCAGUGGCGUUGCCAGAUGUGCCAAAUAAUCAAAUUGGGUGGCGACAGCCAAAGGCAUUGGAAAACAGGUAGCGAGAAGGCCUUGGCGUGUUGAAUGAGUUGCCAGCUGUUUGCAAAUGUUUUGUUAAACUAUUUUUUUUUUUUCAACUUUAUUUUUUUUUUUUGAGUUUUAUUUAAAAAAAAAAAAAAAAACAAAAGAAAAAACCAAACAAAAAGUAAAGAUGGAUUUUAGACAAGUUUUCCUUCAAUAUAAA